AUGAAACCUCCGAAUCUCUCCGGGAGAUCUCGCAAACCGCCGCAGAAUCGCUCCGUCGUCUACGAUGGUCUCUUCUCCAACCGUGAAUCCAUAACUCGUCGUCCAUCCAACGCCUCCGUUACCGAUCGAAAGUCAUUUGAUCUCCGCAAAUGGAGCCCAGAUUCUUCAUCUCCUUCUUCGACUACUUCCGCUUCCUCCGACCGUCUCUCUCCGAUCGUACGGUUCAUCCUCGACGCAUUUCGCAAGAACAAAGACCGUUGGGGACCUUCCGUCGUGUUGGAGCUAAACAAACUCCGUCGGAUUACGCCGAGUAUCGUCUCCGAAGUGUUGAAGUUAGAGAAUGACGCUAAGAUUGCUGCGAAAUUCUUCCACUGGGUAGGUAAGCAAAAGGGAUAUAGACACGAUUUCUCUGCUUACAAUGCUUUUGCUUAUUGCCUAAAUCGGACCGGACAUUUUCGUGCGGCGGAUCAAUUGCCUGAGCUGAUGAAAUCUCAGGGAAGGGUUCCGUCAGAGAAACAAUUCGAAAUAUUAAUUAGAAUGCAUUCAGAUAAGAAGAGAGGUUUAAGGGUUUAUUAUGUUUAUGAGAAGAUGAAGAAGUGUGGAGUCAAGCCUAGGGUCUUCUUGUAUAAUAGGAUAAUGGAUGCAUUGAUGAAAACUGAGAACUUUGAUUUAGCUUUGACUGUUUAUGAUGAUUUUAGGCAAGAUGGUUUGGUGGAGGAAAGUAUUACCUUUAUGAUUUUGAUGAAGGGAUUGUGCAAAGCAGGUAGAAUGGAAGAAAUGCUUGAGAUUUUGCAGAGAAUGAGAGAUAAUUUGUGUAAACCUGAUGUUUUUGCUUACACAGCAAUGAUCAGGAUGUUGGUUUCCGAGGGUGAUAUAGAUGCUGGUUUACGAGUUUGGGAUGAAAUGAAAUGGGAUAGGAUAGAACCGGAUGUAGUGGCGUAUGGUACACUAGCUAUGGGUUUGUGUAAAGAGGGCAGGGUCGAAAGAGGCUAUGAAUUGUUUAAGGAGAUGAAGAGCAAGAAGGUUUUGAUUGAUAGAGAGAUUUACAGGGUUUUGAUUGAAAGGUUUGUUGCGGAUGGGAAGGUCAUGUAUGCUUGCGAUCUAUGGAAGGAUUUAGUGAAUUCUGGGUACAUUGCUGAUCUAGGGAUAUAUAAUGCAGUUAUUAGAGGCUUAUGUAAUGAUAAGCAGGUUGAUAAAGCCUAUAAGCUCUUCCAAGUUGCAAUUAAGGAAGAACUAGAACCAGAUUUUGAGACCUUGAAUCCAAUAAUGGUUGGUUAUGUAGUGACGAGAAGACUGGAUGAUUUUUGCAAUUUGCUAGACCAAAUCGUAGAAUACGGAUAUCACGUUGAAGAUUACCUUUCUCAGUUUUUCAGAUAUUUGUGUGCAGAAGAAGAAAGAAUACCAGUGGCAUUAGAUAUGUUUGAUGUACUUAAGACAAAAGAUCAAGGCAGUGUUUCUGUAUACAAUAUUCUCAUGGAUGUUCUGCACAAGAUAGGAGAGAUUCAGAAGUCAUUGUCUCUGUUCUCUGAAAUGAAAGAUUACGGGUUUGAACCUGACUCGUCAUCAUAUAGUAUUGCCAUUUGCUGUUUUGUUGAGAAAGGGGAAAUCCAAGAGGCUUGUUCAUGUCAUAACAAAGUUAUUGAGAUGUCCUGUGUUCCUUCAGUAUCCGCUUAUUUGUCUCUUGCUCGAGGACUUUGCCAAACUGGGGAAACUGACGCUGCAAUGAUGCUAGUUCGUGAAUGUCUGAGAAACGUUGAAAGUGGUCCUAUGGAGUUUAAGUAUGCUCUUAGAGUUAUUCAUGCGUGCAAAGAAUCUAAUGUCAAGAAGGUUAUAGAGGUAUUAGAUGAAAUGAAACUGGAAAGUUUGUCUCCUAGCGAAGUUAUAUACUGUGCUAUUAUCUUUGGUAUGUCUAAGCAUGGAUCAAUAAAAGCAGCAAAGCAGGUCUUUGCAGAGCUGAAAGAUCUCAAAUAUUUAACAGAGGCUAAUUUGGUGGUCUAUGACAAAAUGUUAAUCGAGCACAUUAAAAAGAAGACAGCAGAUUUUGGUUCUUUCAGGGAUUAG